AACUGAAAAUGUUUUAACUUAACUUUACUAAAACAAAUUUUAUUUUAUUUAUCCUAACCGUCUUGAAAUAAUGCUCUUUUUCAGUUUCAGAGAAACGCUUCUAAAGCAAAUGAUGAUGGCAAACAUUACAGUUAUGGCAAACAAAAAACUCCAGUCCUAACCUAAAAGUAUUACGUACCUUGAAAGCGCUGUCCAUAUUUUUUCAAUAUGGACUUUGUGGUGGGUGGCAUAGCGGGUGUAGGUGCCGCUAUCUUUAGUAACCCGUUUGAUGUGGUGAAGACCCGCAUGCAGUUGCAAGGGGAGCUCCGGGCGCGGAGCCAGCAUGCGGUGUACUAUAAGAAUAUACCGCAUGCUAUGUACACUAUAGUAAAACAUGACGGAGUGACGGCGUUACAGAAGGGACUUGUGCCUGCUUUGUGGUUCCAGUUAGUGGUUAAUGGUGUAAGGUUAGGCAUAUACCAACAAGCAGAUAACCAAGGUUUGCUAAGAGAUGAGAAGAACAACACAAAGUUCACAAACAGUUUAGUAAUGGGUGCUUUUGCCGGCAUGAUUGGAGCUUUCUUCGGCAGCCCGCUACAGCUAGUUAAGACACAGCUAAUGUCUUAUUCUUCGGAAAGAAUAGCCGUUGGUACCCAGCAUGCUCAUACGGGUAUGACAUAUGCGAUGAGGAAGAUUUAUAAGAAAAAUGGGCUGGGAGGCCUAUGGAGAGGCGCUCAUGGAAUGAUGAUCAGGAACUCAAUAGGAUCAGCGACGCAGAUUGCUUCUUAUGCUGUAUGUAAAGAAUGGAUGGACGAUAACGACAUGUUCCAACAGUCGAAGUAUUUAUCGGCAUUCGUCGCCAGCAACAUAGGGGCCGUGGUGAAAACCAUCUCCUUGACGCCUAUGGAUGUCAUUAUGACGAGAUUGUAUAACCAAGCCGUGGACGUAAACGGCCAGGGUCUCCUCUACAGCGGCAUAGUGGAUUGCGCCAAAAAAAUCACCGCCACCGAGGGCCUGCUAGCCUUCUACAAGGGCAUGGGGCCUUCCUACCUGCGCCAGGCGCCCCACACGGUGCUCCUACUCGUGUUUUGGGAUAUGUUGAAAGAUGUACAAAAGAGUUUCGAGAAGGCGUGAUGAUGUA